AUGGCAAACAACAACAUUUUCAAAGUUUGGACGGUCGAUCGAAUACAUAAGACGAUGGUUCUCAUACACGAAAAGGAUGGUGUAUUGGAAAAGUUGAUCACAAAAGCUUCUCAAAAACUCCACAUUGAGGGAGAUCAACUGGUCCUCGAGUCUGAUGGUACCCCUUUGGAUGAAGAUGAAAUUGUCAUCCAUCUCAGCAAGGAAACAUUCAUAUUGUUACAAAAGGGCGAAAAAUGGGUAUCUCAAUAUAAUGUGUUACAAUCAGAUAGCUCAUGUGUCAGUACAAGCUCUAAGGCUAGUUCUUCGGAUUUUUUCAUCCCUAUAAGUGAUGAUACCCUCAUAGCAAAUUUGGAAAACGAAGAUCUCCUCGGCAACGCAAUGGUGACUGAGACCAAUAUGGAAGAAGUAUGGUCGAAUUUCAAAAUUCCUUGGCAUAAGCUUCCGCUGGACGUCAUUAAACACUGUCAAGACGGAAAACGUGAGAAACAAUACAUCACUCAAAUCAUUCACACCAUUGUUCAUGAAAUGCGACAAAUAAAAACAAGAAUACCUAUGAAAGCAUACAAAUAUGCAGCAAAACAAUUAGUUGAGAAAUAUCCCCAAACAUUCAAAGAUAUUGAUAGUGAUGGCGUUGUCAUAGGGGAUGGUACCCACUCCGCCAUCUCAAAAAUGUCUGACAGAAAUCAUUACCUUAACAGACCUCAUAAGAGGAGCAGGCAGUCUCAUGGUGUGAUCAACCCCAGUUUAAGAAAAAAACAGAUAAAUUCAGUUGCAGGCUGUUCCAAUUGGGCCCCCCCUGUCGGAGGAAUCGAAGGAGGAAUCGAAGAGAGCAAAAAAGAUAAAUUAAAUUCAUUGAAUGUAGAAAACGAGGAAUUCUACAACCUCUUGGAAGAAAAUUAUUCAGCAAUAAGACAAUUUGUGAAUAAUAUCGAAUCUCCCCCAACGGUGAAUGAUGUCAAAAGUAAUUGGCCCGUUCUUUUCAGAAAAAGUGCCGUACUAUGGCAUUUUAAAAAACUCACAGGAGUCGAUUUGAUCCUUGUGAAGGACAAAAUGGAAUCUAUGGCAGAAAAAAUUGUGGACUAUGCUGUAUCGAAAAAAAUUUUAAGUGCUGCUAAUCCAGGCAAAUCUAUAGAAGAAAUGUUGACGUUUUAUGCUAAGCAUUUUAAGGAGGACUUGAGUUUGAUUUCUCUCAAAAUUCAGGAUUCAGACAGGGAGGUAUCAUCGGCGAUGAUUGGUAUCAUGGAGCCAUGCGUGGUAGAAUAUGAUAACGACCACCGAUACGAGGUCUUCAUGGAGAAGCAAUAUGUGUUCACGACCCAUGAAUUCAGGGAGGCAUUCAUUUUCAUGUUUGCCCUAUAUUUCAUAUUCAAUUUAGAAUAUCCAAAAAAAAUUGGUGCAACUCUGGAAAUGUUCCAAAGGAUGCACUGUAAGAUUCACCCAGAUUCUGGGAGCAAGUCGAGCAGUACGAAGAAAAAAGUUUUAGGCCUCAUGAACAGAUUGAAACAAGUUGUUUGA